CUGGUCGCCGCCGUCUUUCCCCAACCAGACCUGGCCGCCGCUGCCGUUGAGGACGACGAUGGACAGCACAAGCACCACUCUCGAGCCGUUGCUCGCCUUCCUCACGCACUCGCUGCAUGUUGCCGAGUCGACGUUCUACAAAAUACCCGGCUCGGCCGUCGUGGCGCGCUACGUCAGGUCCUCGCACCAGAACGACCCCGGCCGGACGCUGCUUGAAAUCAUCCUCAUCAUCUUUGCUAUUCGCACGCUGCUACAGUCGCGUACUAGGGGUGAGGAGAGCGGCAAGCAUUUCAUCCAGUUCAGCGACAAGGAAAUCGACGAGCUCGUGGACGAGUGGGCUCCGGAACCGCUAUGCGAAAGCCUCAACGAGGAGGAGCAAUCCUUCCUCGACAAUGUGCCCGUCAUCGUCGGCGCACAGGGUCCGAAGCCGAAACUCGCGUCCACAGGCAAGAAUGUGCUGAACCUCAGUGCAUUCAACUUCACCGGUCUGGCUGGAAACGAAGAGAUCAAGCAAAGGGCAGUCGAAACCCUUCGCAAGUACGGUUUGGGUUCCUGCGGUCCUUGUGGCUUUUACGGUACUUUGGACGUUCAUAUGGACUUUGAGCGCGACGUUGCCGAAUUCCUCGGGACCGAAUCCGCCAUUCUCUACUCGCAGGGUUUCUCGACCAUCUCCUCUGUCAUCCCAGCCUUUGCCAAGCGCGGCGACGUCAUCAUCGCUGAUCGAGGCGUCUCUUUCCCCAUUCAGCUCGGCAUUCGGAUGUCGCGCUCCACCGUGCGUUGGUACGACCACAACGAUCUCAAUUCUCUCGAGGAGGUCCUUCAAGCUGUUGACCGCGAGCACAAGAAGCGCAAGCUCCCGCUCACCCGCCGUUUCAUCGUCUCCGAAGGCGUGUUCGAGAAGGACGGUAGUAUGGUUGAUCUGCCCAAGCUCAUCGAGCUGAAAUACCGCUACAAGUACCGCCUCAUCCUCGACGAGAGCUUCUCUUUCGGCACCCUCGGGCGCACUGGCCGUGGAUUGACCGAGCUGUACAAUGUUCCCGCAUCUCAGGUAGAGAUGCUCGUGGUUGACCUCUCCAAGGGUCUUGGUGGCUCCGGUGGUUUCUGCGCUGGCUCGCGCAUUGCUUCCGAUCAUCAGCGUGCCAACGCGACAAGCUAUGUCUUCUCCGCCUCCAUGCCCGGUCUACUCGCAGUCUCCGCCUCCGAGUCCAUCAAUAUUCUCCGCAACUCGCCCUCCAUCCUCUCCACGCUGCAAGAGAACAUCCGGGCCGUGCGCGCCAUCCUGGACCGUGUCGACUGUUUGGUCAUCCCCUCGCACCCGGCCUCGCCCAUCAUCCACCUUUAUCCGACGUCGAUCGUACCCACCCCCGCGCCGUCGUUCGACGUCGCGCUCGAGGAGCGGCUGCUGCAGGAGAUCGUGGACGAGGCGCUUGCGCAGGGCGUGCUCAUCACCAGAGCCAAGCGCCUGCGUGGACAGGAGAUGGUUGACGCACGCCCGUCGAUCAGACUGGCGAUCACCGCGGCGUUGACGAGGAAGGAAUGCGAGAAGGCCGCGAACCUAGUCAAGGCGGCGGCUAUCAAGGUGUUAGGGAGGAGGCGAUAG